AAUCAGACCACUCAUUAUUAUUAUUAAAAGAUUUUAAUUGUUCAAAUACCUUAAAAACAAUUACAUUCUAUCGAGCCAAUUUGAUGCAUUUUGUUAGUGACAUAUUCAAACAAUUAAAUGUUUUGGAAUCUGUUCAUAUUAUUUAUUGUUAUUCUUUAGAUGAGAAUUUUUCUCUACAAAUUAAUAAAUUAACUAAACCAUUUAUAUUAAAAUCUUUAUUUACGGAUGGUUUAAUGUCAAUCCAAUCAAUGGAAUUAGUAUUACAAAAAUCUGGAAGUUAUUUAGAAAAUUUUGGGUGUAAAUUUGGAUUUGAACGAUAUUCAGAAUUAAUUAUAAAAUAUUGUAAAAAUCUCAAAUUUCUUGAAUUUAAUGGAUAUGAAAGUCAGAUUAUUACUUAUCGAAUUUUCAAUAUAAUCGAAAAUAUUAUUAGACAAAAUCUUAAUUAUCUUUCAAUUGAUAUUAGGACAGAUGAUUAUGAUAAUAUUAAAGGUAGUUCAACCAUAUUACAAAAUUUAGGUCAAGCUCUCCCUUCUAAAUUAGAAUAUUUAAGUCUGACGCUUAGUAUUAAGAGAAGUGAAUUUAGAAUAUUCUUACAAAAUUCCCAAAAUACUUUUAUUAAUAAAUUAUUAAUAAGGCAAAUAGGUUGGGAUGAUAUUUUAAGUUAUACAAAGGAAUUUAUUAUGAAUGAAAAAAGAGUCAAGUAUUUAGCUAUCAGAAGCAUUAAUAAUGGAGAUUUGUAUGAUUCGGAAGAUAUAGUAAAGGAAUUUAAGUUACAUAAUGUUGAAGUUCGAAAUUUUUAUUAUUUAAGUAUAUCUGACGAAACUAAUCGUUCUGUAAAUAGUAAUCUUAUUGAUUAUUUACAAGGAUGAAUAUCAUAUAUAAUUCAUGACGAUUUUAUCAUGUGACAAAAAAUUGGAUGUUUCCUGUAGUUAAAUAGAUUUC